CUGAAUUCGUCGCCUCCGGACCUGCAAGUGUAUCCUGGUAGACCAGUAUAUAAACACGGAGGUUUAUGACUCGACAGACCGAUUGUUACUUACGUUUAUCAGUUACAGAUAACAGGAGCCAGCAAAAUGACCAUUGCAAGUAUAAUCUUCCUCAUAGUGACCUGUACAUCUCUGUCGUUGGUACAUGGUUCUAAAAUGGUAUUCACUGCCUCGACGUCAACAAUCACAACAGCCUUGACCCAGUCCUUGUCGAUUAACUGUUCUUUGGAGUCGACUCAGGAUAUGAGCAACCAGUUUAAAAAUAUCUACUCUAUAACAGUGACACGAGUAUCAAUUAUUUCAGGAAAGGGUGAGGUAAUAGCCUCAGUCUCAGCUUGUAACCCAGCCACUGCUUACGGCGAUUUUCAAACACUUAGUGUUGCAGGGGACGUAACCUUCACUACUUCACCAGUCACGGGUUAUCUUUCCCUGACCUGGUCUAACCCAGAUCACCAGCAAGCCGGAACUUACACCUGUAACAUUAACGGUUUAAACGCGGACAAUCAGGGCGUCAUGUUGGCAGGAAAUCUGACAGUUCAAGUCCGACAACCCAUUGAAAACGAGUUAGUAGAUUUUAUAGCAAGAAUGGAAAAAAGAAUGCUGGCUAAUGAAGAAUUAGUACAACACUUGUUCCGUGAAAACAAAGAGCUAAAAAACAAAACAAUUUACUUAGAAUACAAUAACAAACAGCUAAAAGAAGAAAGCACACUACUGCAAACAGUGACAAAGAAUCUGCAAGAUUCGAACACAAAUCUCUCAGCUCUUGUCAGUCAGCUGGAGACGGGUGUACACAACAUAGAGGUCAGCAGCAACAGCAACCACGUCAACCUUGAACAACUUCAGAGGAUAGUUGACGAAAACAGAAACAACAGCCUGAUCAACAUUCAAGAGCUUCAGAAGCUGGUUAACGAAUUGAAAACAUGGCAAGAUAAACAGCGCGAUCCUCACUAUGAACUGAACUAUGCAUCGUGUGGAACUAUGCAAGAUUACAUGCCAUCAGAAGGCACUGGAAAAAUCAACACCGUGAAAGUAACUUUUCAAACGCCGUACGAGAAAGCGCCCUUAGUUUUUGUGUCGAUGACGUCGAUGGAUUUGAACAAAGACACCAACACGAGGUACUGGAUUGGGCCCACCAACGUGACCCCAACAGGAUUCGAUCUGGUGUGCGGCACGUGGGCAGACACCCAUAUAUACGGAUCUGGUGUAACGUGGAUUGCAAUCAAGUCGUAGAUUAUAUGGUUUAGAAUGUUUUGACUCGGCGUUCUUGUACAUAGAAAUAGAUAAAUCGGGAGUGAUCUCCCCUGAAGUUUCUCGUGUAAAGAGUAAAGAAUUGUACACCAAAAUAACGAUCACAAUGUUUGUAUAAUAUAUAGAAAAAUGUACUUUUUAAAAUCACUUUUUAUGUCACUGUGCAUUGUCAUCGAUCGUUAAUUUUCGUGAAAAUGUUAAAAGAAAUCGAUCCAGUUGAACUGAUCUCUUUUUAGAUAUCAUAAAUAAAGUAAAGCAGUGCCUCCGUU